CGUUGUACUGUACUGUUUAUAUUCACAUAGAAUAUAAACAGUGUCAGCUGUGGAUUCGUUUGUUGUUUUUUUUCAUUCGUUUGUAAACAGCUGAGGUGAUAGUGAACGUUCCAUGGAUGAAAUCAUUUAAUAGAAAAAUCGAGCAAUUUCGCUAAGAAAUUCUCUUAAAUUUUUAUUGGAACUCUAUAGGAAUUCUCUCGAAGUUUUAUUAGAAUUCGAUCAAAAAAUGAUAAAGCGCUACGUUUUUCUACUAAUUUUUUCCAUACGUGUCAGUAUCUGGUGGUCAUCAAGAGGCCAGAGUGGGUCCAAUUAAGAUUAGAGCUAUGAUUUCGAGCUUCUACGAGAGAAUCGUCGGUGGAUCACCUCCACCUGAAGUGAAUAAACCAAAAAUUCUCUGUGUUGGACUGACUUGUCUCGACAUUGUGCAGACAGUGAACACUUUUCCUGUUGAGGACUCUGACACCAGGUGUUCGGACUACAGGUGGCAACUCGGUGGUAACUCAGCGAAUAACUGCACUGUUCUAUCUCUAUUGGGCAGCUCAACUGAAUUUUUCGGAGUACUGGGGAAUGACUAUCAAUUUCACUUUCUGCAGGAUGAUAUGCGCAAGCAUGGAAUUGAUUUCUCACAUUGCCCCAGGGUCCAGGGCAUUGGGUGCCCCACGUCUACAGUUAUUCUUUGCUCUAACUCUGGAUCACGUACUAUUGUGCAUUACAACCCUAAUUUUCCGGAGUUGACGCUGGAGGACUUUGAGAAACUGAAUUUGGAGGAUUAUAGCUGGAUUAAUUUUGAGGGUAGGAAUAUACCGAGAGUCCUAACGAUGAUGCAACACGUAGAGACUUACAACGAUUCCCUGAAGGAGGGAGAAUCAGACCGUUCCCCCGUGACAAUCAGUGUUGAGCUAGAAAAAAUGAAUUCAGAAUUGCUAGAUCUCCUACCUUACGCUGACGUUGCGUUCGUCUCCAAGGACUUUGCUCGCAGUCGAGGGCAUGACAACAUGAGCGAAGCCAUUCGAAGUAUCGCUCAAGAUAUCAAAUCUGGUGCUACAAUAGUUUGUGCCUGGGGCGACAGAGGAGCCAUGGCAAGAACUCGUGAUGGCACUAUCGUUCAGUCUCCAGCUUUUCCUCCUACAAAAAUCGUUGACACUCUGGGAGCUGGGGAUACAUUCGUGGCAGCAACUAUUCACUAUUUAAAUAACAUUAAACUUCGGAGUGAAAAGAGGGAAAAUAAAUCCGACAUUUGUGAUCAAGUGAAUCAAUCAGAUGGGGGAGUAACGAGAAACCAAAACAUCGAGAGUCUCCAGUGCAGCAAAACUGCGUUCAUAGAUCAAUCAGCCCUGCAAUCAGCCAUCACAUUUGGCUGCCAGACUGCUGGCAUCAAAAUAGGAUUCAGUGGAUAUGAGGACUUACGACUGAAGAAAAACACCAGCAACAUGUAGCCUCUGAUAAUUUGGUUUUAGUUAUUGUAUUGGGGAAUUUCAUGGGUGAAAAUUAACUUCCGGAGUGGUUUGUUGCGUUUACAUCAUCUAAAUUUAUAUAUUUUUUGAUACAAUAAAUUUUAUAAUAUUAUUAAAAAAUAAGAAAAUUCAACAGAUGUACCUCAACGCUCUCUUAAUAAAAAUCUUACAUGUUUGUGCAGGCACUUCAAGCUA